AUGGACCUGCCGGCUCCCCUCGACACCUCUCCAUUUCCCCCACGUCGACGGGUAUGGCAGGCUUGUACCAAUUGCCGUGCCCGCAAGACGCGCUGCGAUGCCGCCAAACCGAAAUGUGGUCUCUGCAUGUCCCAGAAUGUCGAGUGCGUGUACACGGACUCGCAGCAGCCACGCAUCGACCACAACACCUUGAUACUCCUUGAGCGCAUCCAGAUUCUCGAAGACCGCCUGUUAUCGUCCCCGAAUUUCUCGGAGCCCCAAGCGACUGCCCAUGCCAACACCACCACAGCAUCGGCGACGACAUCGUGGUUCCCUCCGUCCGGGCCAGCCCCUUGGCCCGGCGCUGGUCGCCCCGCUGCGCUGCCGACGACCGAGAUACCGAUUUCCUUGUCCCACAGGGCCAAUGCGAAUCAUGUUCUCAACUGGCCCGUAGUUCAGGAGCUCCUCUCUUCAGUCCAGGUGUCUGCUGAGCAUCGCCAAGCCCACGAGGCCACGGGCGUCUUCUUCAGUCACGCAUCUGCUCCAAGCCAAACGUGGGACGGCUAUCCGCCCGACUCAUGGCGGCUCUUCCGGGACGGCGAGAUCCUCCAAUCUCGAAUUGAGGCCGCUGAAGGGUAUUUGGACUUCAUCUGCGCCUAUUUCGACGAGGUCAACAUCUUUUUUCCUCUAAUCUCUCACGCCAAAACCGCCAAAACUCUAGAAUGCAUCGUCGCCGCCGAGCAACACAACGAUGCCAGCCCAUCUGCCACCCCGUCGUCGGCCCAGUACUGCCUCCUGCUGCUCGUUCUAUGCAUGGGCUCCUUUGUCCGCCAGAGGCAAAAUCGCAUUACUUUACUGAACCGUGAGGGCCAGGCCAGCCGUGGCUCCCGCUCGGAUGCGUCGCCUUUGUACGCUCUUGAUCAACACUUGUGGCGGAAGGCCCAGCUGCUCCUGGGUUGCGUUUCUUCCGUCGUUACCAUUGAGGCCGCCCAAUGCACCAUGCUAGCAAGUAUUUACAUGGGUGCUCGGGGUCGAGUGCCUGAUUCCUUUCACUGGUCGCAUGUGACAUCUGUUAAAUGUGCGAUCCUAGCCAAGAGGUCUCGUCUCGCCAAUCCCACGUUGCCAGAAGCAUUUCGACGACUCUACUGGGUUGCCUUCAUAUACGAGGGGGAUUUCAUGUCUGAAAUCUCCAUAACCCUCCCUUCAGGUAUUGCUCGUUGCGAAGACCAGGUUCCCUAUCCGGCGCAAGUGAUGCGCGUGAGACAGGACUCUCACCACGGGAUCCCCAGUCCUGAAGUCCAAGUUGCUGGCACCAGUCCGGCGACAUCCCGCGAAGAUGGCAAUGAAGAGCUCGUUGCCUUCCAAAUCAGCACCAACGCCGCUAUCCGCCGCCUCCUCAAUCGGGUCCAUAGCAUGGUCUACGACAGCAAGGACCAAUUCCGCAUGACCCGCGUCGAGUACGUCAAGUGGCUUUUGCGGGUUUCGGAAGACUUCUGGUCGUAUCACGAUACCAUCUAUCGCAACAUCCCUCACUUUCUCCUCGUCAGUCACCCGGACGAGAACCAUAACCACUUCGCCUCAUCACCUCAAACACCAGGUUUCUCAAGGCUCCAUGGCCUACGCAAUAACCCUUGGAACGUGUUGCGAUUAGAAGGACGUUAUCAUGCCGCCAAACACAUCAUCCACAGGCCCUUUUUUGACUACGUCCUCCUCAACAUGGAGCAUAUCCAGACGCACCCCGACAGAGAAGUCAUUCUUCAGAAAUGUGGCCUGUGCCUCCAGGGUUGCAGGGGCUUCUUCUCCGUUUUCGACGUCGAGGAAGUGAACAGUAUGACAUGCCUCUUCGCUACCGGCAUGGCGACCUUUACCUAUCUAGUCAUUCUCCGAGUUGCCACGUUAUAUCCGAUUUUCAGACAUGUUCUUCCAGAUGAUGUCGAACACGUCAUCUGGACCGGCAAGCGGAAUUUACAGAGGUUCAGUAUUAGCAUCGGCGAGUUCGCUUGGCAUCUUGAACUUCUCGAAAGGCUCGACUCGUCAUGUAAACAUCGAAUACCGGUACCUAUGUAA